CUCGUUAUAUUAUUAUCAGAAUUAGGCAAUUUUUUCCCUUGAAUACGUUACAAAACUCAAAUUAACUACCAACUAUAAACAAACAUUACCACUACAUUAACUAAAUCAAACUAAAUUAAAUUAAACAAAACCAAACCUUAUCUAUAUAUCGUCUUUAUUCAAAACUCCAAGAUGAACCAAUAAACUUCUAAGGAUAUGUCAUUGGUCACCACACCGCCUUCCAUGAUAAUCCUCUUUAAAUUUACAUUUUUACCCUUUUCCCUUCCCAAAAAAAAAACAUCUUCUUCUUCUCUCCUUCCCUAUAUAUACAUCUCCAAUCUCCAAUCCAAGGUACACAAAGAAUCCAAAGUUACCUAAUCAAAAUGGGUUCCCUGCCUCAUAUAAUCGAAGACUGCAUGGGCGUUCUCCAACUCUUCAGCGAUGGAUCCAUUUUCAGGUCCAAAAACAUAGAUUUCAAGAUGCCAAUCGUCAAUGACACCUCCAUCCUCUUCAGAGACUAUCUCUUCGACAAAACUCACAACCUUCACCUCCGUCUUUACAAACCCACAUCGAUGUUACCUUCAAACAAGAAACUUCCCAUCUUAUUUUUCAUUCAUGGCGGUGGUUUCUGUGUCGGCUCUCGCUUAUGGCCAAACUGUCAUAAUUGUUGUUUGCGGCUAGCUUCUGGGCUCAACGCUCUUGUUGUCGCCCCGGACUACCGUUUGGCUCCGGAGCAUAGGCUGCCGGCUGCGAUGGAGGAUGGAAUUAGUGCCAUGCAGUGGCUGCAAGCUCAGGCUAUGAGGAGUGAAAAUGGCAGUGAUGCAUGGCUCAGUAGUGAUGAAAUUAACUUUGAGCAGGUUUUUGUUAUGGGUGACUCCUCUGGUGGUAAUAUUGCACACCACUUGGCGGUUCGGUUUGGUGCCGGUUCGAGUGGUCUGGCCCCGGUUCGGGUACGAGGUUAUAUCCUGUUGGCACCAUUUUUUGGUGGGGUUGCUAGGACAAAGUCAGAGGAAGGCCCCAGUGAACAUUUGCUGAAUCUAGAGAUUCUUGACAGAUUUUGGAGGCUUUCUAUGCCUGUGGGAGAAAGUAGAGAUCAUCCGUUGGCAAAUCCAUUUGGACCAGCUAGCUUGAAUCUUGAAGCAGUGGCUCUUGAUCCAAUGUUGGUUUUGGCUGGUAGCAAUGAACUGUUGAAAGAUAGAGUUGAGGAUUAUGCUAAAAGGUUAAAACAAAUGGGGAAGAACAUUAAAUACAUUGAAUUUGAAGGAAAGCAACAUGGUUUCUUCAAUAAUGAUCCUUACUCUGAAUCUGCUGACGAAGUUGUUGAACUCAUCAACAAGUUUAUGCUUGAGAAUUUUGCUUAAAUAAGCUUAUUUUAAUUCAAAUAUAUAUAUAUAUAAAUGAUUUUACAAAGUUGGACUCUUU